GAGAAAGUUGUUUUUCUUUAAAGAGAUAUGAUAUAAAUUAGUUUUAUUUUAGAAGAAUUUUUAAAAGAAUAUAAACUAGCAGCUUGAUUUCUAUUAAAAUAUAUAUUCCAAGCAGGAAUUUGUGAACUUUUCUUCAGAUUUUAAUCGGGAAAAAAUGACUGGCUAUGAGGUAGAAACUGUUGGCAAUGUUUCUACUGAUCUUUACUGCUUUGUCUGCUUAAAGAUUAUGAGAAAUGCUGUCCAACCACCAUGCGGACAUGUUAUGUGUCAAGGAUGUUUUGAUGCCUUAGAGAAAGAUGCAUCAGAAAGGAAUACAGAGCUAGCCUGCAGGAAAUGCUAUGUUGCAAUAACACGAAACAAGGUGACAUCUGUGCCUCUAAUCGACCGAAUGAUUCUUUCCAUUCAAGUUAGAUGUAAAAGGAUGUCAAUGGACAGGAGAGUUGGGAAAGCUGGAGAUGCAUCUAACCAAAUGCAGUCACUUGGCAAAUCUAUGUAGUUAUAGUUGUGGAGAGAAGAUACUUCCCUACAUGGAAAUGCAGCACUCGACAGAAUGUGAAUAUCGCACCAUAAGUUGUGAAUAUGAAGUUUGCGGUUGUGAUAAAAAGGUCAUUUUCAAGGAUUACAGCAGUCAUCUGGAACAAUCACGAGACUAUCACGUGAUGAUUUCCCUACAGAAAAUGGUUGUUUCUGAGAAUGAGAGGAAACUGCAAGGAUAUAUGCAAGUAAAGGGCGAAGUUCAGUCGGCACAAUUAAAGUUGGAUGCCAUUUUAAAAGAAGUUGAAGAGGAAGAGAAAGAAAUUAAAGAAGAGAUUGAAACCUCUUUGCAAGUUAUCACUCGAGAUAUAGAAGCGGAGAUAUACAGUUUGAAGCUUCAUGUGGAUAAGAGCGUUAAUGAGUUUGAUCGUAAUGCGCUGAAGCAUGCAGUAAUUACAGACAAUGACAUGGAGAAGCUGAAACUUGAUUGUGACAUGGGUGGAUUGCAGCGAAAGUUGGAUACUGUAUUCAUGGAUCAUCGGAAGCAAUACAGUUGCAAAGCAAAAGCUUAUGCUCGAGACAAGCUAAAAUCAAUGGAAGCUGUUAGGAACAAUGUGUCCAUACUUGCUCUGAAAGCCUCUGGAUAUGUAGACGAUACGCAACUGUGCAAAAUGAUUGAUGUAUUUGAAAAAUCACUUGAAGAUGGAACAAGAAAAGUCAAAAAUGUUUUGGGUAAGAUUGUUGCAAGUUCAGCAAAUCGUGUUGAACAACAGAAAAAUGCGUUUAAACUUAAAGAAGAAUCACUGAGUGAAAGUAUUUCACUAAAGUGUGCUUACCAGACCAGAUUUAAAAACAUGGUGGACAAUUUUCACAAUACACCAACGCUGUAUCUAUGGAAAGUUGAUGCUUUUGAGAAUAGUGUCAUUGGUUCGAUUAACUGCUUGGCGUCACAUGUUAUAUCGGGUGGUAAUUUAUCAGCACAGCCUUCUUUUUGUCAAUAUUCUGUUGUGUGGUAUAACCGUGCUAACAUAAAUGUCUAUCACCGUCCAAUUCCAAUUCCUCCACAGCAUCACCAUAAUGAUACUUCUCCUUCUUCUUUGAUAAAAUUUUCUGUUUUGUCACAGUUGAAUUCAAAGACCUACGAAUGUGACAAUUCUUCUCCUCGCUUAUUGGAACAACCGAAAUACAAUCAACAAGCCUAUUCCGUCAUUAUUCCUUCACGGCGGCUAAAGAAUGAAAAUUUUUCUUUCCAACCGUUGCAUGAGAAUCAAAUUCCGGAGACGCUGGGAAACACUGUUCAAAGCAUUUCAUUCAACUCGAUUAUACAAGACAAAAACAAAGGAGUGCUUUUGGAUAAAGUUGUGUAUGUCAGAUGUGAACUUACAAAUUAAAGAAAAUUUUUACAGAAACAAUCUCUCCUUAGUAGGAUGUACACUAUCAUUAUUCUUACGUCUCUAUUGUUCUAAACUAUAGACGUAUGUUUCUGUCUAAAAUUCCAUCCUGAUAUUAUUAUGAAGCAUAUUCUUAUAAAUGAAAAA